AUGACUCAGUUGCCCAAAUCUGUCACCGUUGCUGAAAAACGAAUGGAAGAUGGCUUACACUCGUUCAGGGCCAUCGCAUUCUUGGUCUUAUGGUAUUUCUUCAGCGGAUGUACAUUAUUUUUGAAUAAGUACAUCCUUUCCUAUCUAAAUGGAGAUCCUACAGUACUGGGAGCAUCUCAAAUGAUCAUGACAACUAUAUGUGGCUUUGUUCAACUGUAUUUACCAUGUGGAAUGUACAAACAACCAACACAUCGAUCCAAAAGACCGCCAAACUUUUACAUUCAUAUGUGCUUAGUUGGUUGUACACGAUUUAUUACAGUACUUUUAGGACUUAUUUCAUUAAAUUAUGUAGCAGUAAGUUUUACAGAAACAAUUAAAAGUUCAGCUCCAAUAUUUACUGUAUUUAUUUCAAAAUUGUUAUUAGGAGAACAAACUAGUAUUUUGGUAAGCCUAUCUUUAGUUCCUAUAAUGGUUGGCCUGGCAUUAUGUUCUUCAAACGAAAUUUCAUUUAACCUACCAGGGUUUAUAGCUGCUCUUGCAACCAACUUUACUGAGUGCUUACAAAAUGUGUACUCAAAAAUGUUGAUUAGUGGUGAUAAAUUCAAAUAUACACCUGCUGAAUUACAAUAUUAUACAAGUUUAGCUUCAAUUAUUAUUCAAAUUCCUGUGUCAUUAGUAUUAGUUGACAUCAAAUAUGCAGUUUCUAAUACUAGUUUAUAUCUUUUACUGAUGUUUAUAUUAAAUGGAGUGUUUUUCCAUUUUCAAAGUAUUACAGCAUAUGUUCUUAUGGAUUAUAUAAGUCCAGUUACUUAUAGUGUGGCCAAUACUGUCAAACGUGCAUUUCUCAUAUGGAUGUCAAUUAUUUUAUUUGGAAAUUCUAUUACCCUUUUGAGUGGGCUUGGUACUGUCAUAGUUAUUGCAGGAGUUGUAAUAUAUAAUAAAGUAAAACAGUAUGAUAUUAAUCGCCAGUCAAACAUUGAAUUUGAUAAAGUACUAUUAACCUCACCAUUCAAAAUUCGUACAAUUUAG